UUUUGAUCAGCAGCGACCUCUACUCCGAUUCUCGCACUUGUUUAGGUCGAGAGUGUCAAUGUUGGUGUUAUCAUGGCGACAAACGACGAUGAGCCAAUGCAUUUGUAUGAAGUGUUUCAAAAUUGUUUCAAUAAGAUAGCGAAUAAACAGCCAGAAAAAAGUCGAGAAAUGCCUUAUGGAAUGCCUUACUCCAGUCAAGGGGAAGAUGCACUACAACCUGACGGCCUGGGCAACUUUCCCGGCGCAGAGCCAAUAGCAUCGAAUGACCCAGCCUACUUCCAAUACGGCAAUGCAGCUCAGCAACGGUUACUACCACCGGACACCAGCAGAGGUAUCACGAACAAAAGGAAAAGAGACGUCAUAGAGCCAGAAGAUUUGGACGUCCAUUGGCCUUACGGGUCGGAAGGCUUCGACCAAGAUUCACCAAGGUACUCCUCUCCGAAGCCACCAGGCCUUUAUGGGGAGCCUUAUUUUAUUGACGGGGGCCAUGGUGGAGGAGGUGACCCUUGGUCCUCAAACCAAAGCCUGCAGCCUUCUUCAUACUCUUACCUGGGAAACCAGACCUCACACCUGCCCUCCACGUCGUCUGCCUUCUCGUCCAUGCACCUCCCUCCCGAAUCAAUGGUGAGGGGUGGCCGCAGCACAAGGACAGUCUCGAUGAAGACACAUGCAUAUGGUGCAGUGUCUCCCGGCCAGGAGCCCACAGGCCUAAUGCCUACCAGCCUGCCCCCCAUGUCGAGCUUCCGCGGGGCUGGUGCCUCCCCGCUCUACUCCUCGCAACAGAACAAUGGCAGCAGCGGCAGUGGUAGCACAGCUGUCGUGGCUGCAGGCAGCACAAACACAGGCACCGUGGCACCCACAUCGGUGCCCACUCCCACAGCGGCCACCGGCGGUAGCGGCACCACGGCUGGCAGCACCAACCAGGGCACCUCCCCAGCGCCCACGGUAGCCGAUGCCCUGUCGUCUCGGACGGCGGGUGGACCUGUUGCCGCCUCUGUAAACUCCUCCGCACACACUCCGUCAGCCUCUUCACAGACGGGGGACACCCUGGGCAAGGCUCUCGCCUCGCAGUUGUAUUCAGCCGACCACCCAGGGAGCAGUUUUUCAUCGACGUCUUCCACACCUGUCAGUUCACCUCCCCCCCUCUGUGCAGUAUCCCAGUGGCCAAGGAAUAAUGCACAGUCAAGCCAACCUCCGUCUGGUUUCCAGGAAGCUACAAUGCACCAGCUGCACCAUUCUACUACUCUGGCUGAUGACACUUGUGAUGGUGACUUUCAUUUUUUUGGAGACUCAGUGGAGCAGACACGAGGGGUUCUAGAGGAGCGGCUGGACGAUGCGCUGAGCAUCUUGCGGACUCACGCCGAGGGUGCCUCUCUGGGUCCCGCGCUGGGGCCUGCGCUGGGGCUCACGCCCGGUGCACACUCCAACGGACUUCUGGCUUCCUUAACAGCAGGGCAUCCCUUCUCGCCUGGCAUGCCUACCCUUGAUGCACACGGAGCAAGCCCACCUGCCCUGUCCGACAGUUCUAUGAGGAGCAGGACAUCGCUAACGACUCCCAACAGCCAAAAUCCAACUCAUUAUGUGGAGAGCAGCCCGGGCAUCAAGGUGGAAAAGUGCAAGGAGGCCGCCGACAAACUGGAGCACAGCAAGAUCAGCCCCCCGAACUCCCCGGGUCCCCUGGGCGCCAGCCUGACCACCCCGACUGCCACGUCUUCCUCUGGGGGAGGAAAGUCCAGCAAGAGGUCUCGGAGCCGUUGGCAAGUAGCUGCUGGAAACAAUAGCAACAGCGGCCACGGUGACGCAUUUGCCGGCUCCGGAGAUGAGGACGAACCCCCAGAAGUUAAGGCAGAGCGAGAAAAGGAGAGGAGACAGGCGAACAAUGCGCGGGAAAGGAUACGUGUAAGGGACAUAAACGAGGCGUUCAAGGAGCUGGGCCGAAUGUGCAUGAUGCACCUCAAGACAGACAAGGCCCAGACAAAGCUGAACAUCUUACACCAGGCAGUGGAGGUCAUUACAAGCCUGGAGCAGCAAGUCAGGGAGCGAAAUUUGAACCCCAAGACGGCGUGCCUGAAGAGGCGUGAGGAGGAAAAGAGCGACGAGGGGGCCAAGCUGGGCGCCCACGGCCUGGCCCACCCGGGUCCCGCGCUCGAUGCACUGGCACACCAGAGGCUGGCCUCGCUGCCUGUAAGUACCCUAUGGACCGAGUAUUCGCAACCGAUGGAUGGUGAAACAAGUAACUCAGAAAUGUGAACUUCUCGCGUUACACAGGUUCUCCAGGGUUCUGCCAGGCCUGAUUGGCCACACAAGUUCUUCGAUGUUGAAGGAGAGACUUCUUCCAGCUUCCAGUAGAAUGAACGAGCAAAAAAAAGGGGGGGCACAUGUUUUACUCCGCAGCAGCCGAAGAGGAAAGCAGCCACCAUUCUUUCUUCCCGACCAGCACCACCUGUUGUCCUCCUCGUUCUUGGUUCAUUUUCUUUUUUCUUCUUUUUCCAUUUACUCUUACACGAUGAGAUCCUCGUUCCCUCAUUGUUCAUCACGCCCGUGCCCAAAAAACGCACAGAGAAGCAGGUUUGGCUAUUGCACCAGGACUCUUACAACCUGCUUCGUGCUUUUCUUUUUGGACAAGUGGGGGCGGGACUUGCUGUUGCAACUUGUAUACAUACCAUAAUGCAUCUCUCAUCGCAGAUCAGUGCAUUUCAAUGUUUCGUGGAGGAGGAAAGCAGCGGCGGCGAGAUUUAAAAAAAAUGAGGGCGGCGCUUUUCUUUUUCUUUCUUGCGCGCGCAUGCUGUUGUAGAAUCGCUGGCAAUGCUGUAUUUAAAACAAAAUCGAGCGGAGCAGGCGACGCUCCCAUCUACGUGGCUCAAUAAAAACGCACUUUGUAAUUGUUUCCUCUCAGUGGGAAGUUUGUCAAAGCACUCGUCUUCUUAUCUUAUUAUGAGAGAGUUUUUAGCUGGUUCGCAUCUGUAUUACCUUUUGCAGAAUAAUUGGUUACUGGAGCCAUAGGAAUGAGCACCUUGGUGGCACCUUCUUGUGGCAAACAGUUUCAAAGAGUUUAACUAGAGAGGACAUAUUCUGCUUAACCUCUGUUGUAAUGCAUCGGUAGUGACCUGUUCCCCUCUGUUCCCCUCGGCAACAACGCUCGCGUUAACGCAAAAACAUUUCGCAUGUGUUGCAUACCUUCGAACUUCUACCAUUUUUAUCCUAGAGUGCCCAAUCUUUUUACUCCAGUUGUAUUACCACAAGCAAUCUAAAGAUUUUUCAUUUGCACCUACGGAAAAAUUAUUUCAAACAAAUAAGAAAAAUAGUCACCGACUGGUUUUUCAGACCCACAGCGUCGAGCAGUGGCCACCAAUUUUAGAGCCAAUGUAACAGCAGCAACAGAAAUUAUGUGCACGUUUAGUCAAUGGAGUUUUUAUGAACAUUAAAUGUUUGAAGAGCUGUUUGUAGCCCUUCUGGUCUUGUUGUGUUACUCUGGAAUGGGUAAAAAAAAUUUCCCCUUGCGGUGCUGAUCAUUCUAGCUGUGACUAUAAAGAGCGAAGCACGUAUUCUCAGUGACCUAGUAGGUCAAAAUCUGAUUCUGUAAAGGACAGCCAACAUCUUCAGUAAUCAAGCAAUUCAUAUGAUAUGUUUCACCAAAUUUCGAUGAGAGAGCAUUAAGGGCCCCGUGUUGCAGAAAAUCUCGUGUCCGCCGUCACAAGUUGUUUUGGCAAAAAGAUUUUUAAACCACCCAUACCCAGGCCCUCCAUGUGGCGCAAGGAAGUUACUGAAAUAAUUGAAUUUCUCAAGCUAAAAUACGUAGAAAAAUCAUAACGUACGACUUGCACACAACCUACAGACAUGAUAGUGUCGAAUUUUAAUUUGACUAGAUGAGAAAACAAUUCCCUUUUUCUACGUUUCUACCAUUCAUAGACCAGCCACGGCAUCCGCCAUUUGCGCGAGCCGGCGCACGAGUAUCUUGGAGGCCAUGGAGUGGCGCGCCCGGUUCCUUGCAAUACCUCUAGAUGGCGCUCGCCUCCGCCGCAUCACGGCCCACGCAAAAAGCCGAGUUUCAACCAGAAAGCCCACCUUCGUGCAUAGCGUUCUCAGCCAGCGUUUCCCAGUAAACAUUACGGUUACAUGCACUCCAGUUGUCGAAGCAUGAGAAGCAGUCUGGGAUCUUUGAAUGCUAUCGCAUUCCACUCUUAAAGGCGACGCCUAAGCGUCCUCCAAAUUUGAGCACAUUUGGCUAAGAUUGUUGUAUUUUUUUUUUUUUUUUCAAGUUCCAAGGCUGGCAUUGCAGUUUGCUGUGGUGGCAUAGUGGCUAAUGGCAUUGCGCUGCAAAGCAUGAGGUCAUGGAUUCGAUUCCCAGCUGUGCCGGCAGCAUUUCAAUUGGCCGAAAUGCAAAAAGCACUCGUUUACUUCGAUUUGAGUACAUCUUAAGGAACCCCAGGUGGCCAAAAUUAAUCUGUAGCUCCCCACUAUGGCGCCUAAUAAUCGGAUGGGGGUUUUGUCACAGCCCUAGAUAAUUAUAAUUAUAUUUUUUACAUUGUAGUUGAACAAAGCAGAGCUCGCUAUCACUGUUGCUACUGCCAUCCACGGCUCCAGUCACCUGGCACUAUGCAAAGGGUAAUACAUUUAUGGACAAGUUACAACUGUCUAUCAUUAUUCUUUUCUUUGUCUCCUUUUUUCUUCAGCUCGCCUGUCUUGAAAAUUGCAUGUUCGCCAAGCUGCAGGCAGGCUUUUCGUGCAGGAAUUUCAACACAGUUGUCUCGUUUCCCUCUCAUUUUUAUUUCUUCCGUUUUAAUUUAUUCUUGCGGGAAAUAAUCACUCAGUUUGUUUCUCCUUUCUUUUGCUCACUGUCGUACUUUCUUUUCUUUUGAUUCUUUUGCUCUUUUCUUUUUUUUUUCUGAGGAGAAAAAAAAUGUGUGGCGUGACUGUCCUUUUUCGAGUGCUUGUUUUUGUGAGCCUGCAUGUCUCUUCAUGGACGUGUGCAUGUGUGUGUGAGCAAGGUUAUAUACAUAAAGAAAUAUAAAUAUAUAUAUAUAUAUAUAUAUUAUACACGCGGACACACUCGAAAAAAAAAAUGUAUAGAAUCAUCUGUUUUUUCUUCAUUGUCAUUUCUAUAUUACUGUAUAAACUUUUGACGGGAGGCUUUUUUGGGUGUUGGCUUAGUGUUUGGCGACAAAGAAGUUUGAAAACAGGCAACGAUAGAAAGAUGAUGAUUUCUGUUUUGGCGCUUUGCUGAAAGCAGUGUUCAGUGUCUUUUCUUGUUUUUCUGCUUUUACAACUCUUAAAACCCCAUUCCCUCCUCUUCCUCACCUCCCUUCCUCACUCUAUUGCAUUUAUUGCAGCUGCAAUUUGGGACUGGAUGCUGCACUGCUGACCUGUCUUUUGUCUUUUUCAUGAGUGGCUUUUAAUUCUUCAUCUGUUACGUGGGCAGCCAUAAUUAUCGCACAACUGGCCACUGCCUCGUCUUCAGGUGGUCUUGGCUCAGCUUCUGAACGACUUGCACUGAAAUCGACAGGAUGGUUGAGACUGUAGCAGGCAGUUACAACUAGUCAUUUGAUGGUGCAGGAUCCUACCUAGCUUGUCUUGAUUAAUGCUGCAGGACUCUUGAAAGCCUUGGCAGUAAGGCUCGGGAUGUGAAAUGAUGCUCGGGCAUCGGGGUAUCUUGCAGAGGCUUUUUUGCAUCGUUGCUGAAAUAUUAUAUGUGCUGUUGUGGACAGUUGAAAUGCAAAAAAGUUAAGGCUAAGCAGAACACAUCGUUCACUUCUGCUUUCGAUAAUGUGUGUAAUCAAUCAACUUGGGUGCUCGGUGUUCGGCCACCUAUACCGUUUUUCUCGACCUCAUGAGUAGCGGUGCAAGGUCAUGCUCUCGAGUUGUGUAAUCUCUUGCUGUUUGUUCAAAUCUCAAUCGACCACGACCGUGCCGUGACCUUGUGUUUUUUUUGUUUUGUUUUGUUAACAACCUUGAAUGAUGAUUUCGCAGCAAGCUGCAUUUUAUUGUCCGUGCAGUUCAGUAAACUUUGCAUCCUCUCCUGGGUAGUUUCUCCAUAACAAAAUAAAAACGACGGUAAUAUGUGCAGCCUAAUGCUUUGAGAAAAUGAGCUGCCGUGCAUAUGUGGUCCCGUUUCACUGCCUUAAACUUACGGUUUGGAUGAAAGAGUCCGGCAAUGGUGCUGCAGGUUUUAUCAAAUUACACGGACCAAAAGCUGCAGUCCUGUUAUGAAAUUUGAGAGCAGAGCAGCAUUAAGCACUAAAUCAUCUGAAAGUUGGUAAAAACAUGGGUCACUGCAUGUAGCCAUGAUGUGCAUUGCCAUCCACAUUUUGUGUCCAGCACCAUUAACAAGUGGAAUAUUGUUUAAACUGUAAUUAUGUAGAGACUGCAUUGGUGGCUUUAAAGGCCCCAAAGGCAUUCGUGCUUUUUCUUUUUUAGCUUUUCCAUUAGCAUGCAUACCUUCAGUAAGCUUUACACUGGUGGUCUUAAAGAAAAGAUAAACAUAAUUUUGCAAGAUUAAUUGUUGAUGGUUAGAAACGAAAUGCAUCUGCACAUAUGUCUAAGUACGCUUGGUGAUGAAGUUGCAUGAAGUGAAAGUUGAGUUGUCACUGAAAGUGAUGAUAGAUUAGGAAUGUAGCUUGUAAUUUCACACCUACAAGUUAAAUGGAUAGAAGAAGCGACAGUGAAAUAUGGUUGGCUUGCCACACCAUCGCAUUGCAACAUUAUUACUCCCAUAGCCACGAUGCCUUCUUGGCUGUGGCACCCUGUUGCUCGUUGCAGUGGCCAGUGGGACAAUUAUGGCUUCCCAUGCACCACGGGCAUCUGCCAAUGCCUACACGUCGGUGCGGACGUUUCUUAUGUACUGUGCUGAUGUAAUUUCUGACAGUUGAAGAUCGUGUCUCGAUUGUCUUCAGCUGUAAAUUGUGCAAAAAAAGAAAAAACAGUUUGACGAGUGUCUUUUAUUUUUGUUUCGCGAUGGUGAUUAUUAUUGAACCGAACUGUUGUGUUCCUACCAUUUGGCGGUAGCUCAUGAACUUGUACAGCAGCUGAUUUGUGAAGGAUGCGUUUAUGUAACAUGCAUUUUUUUUAGCAUUUAUAUAAAUAUAUAUCUUGCGAUGGAGGUUGAAAUUUUCAUUAUAGGCUCUCUUUUUUUUUUUUCUUCCUAUUAGCACGGUGAGUGUUAUGGAAAUUGCAGUGGAAAGCCUUUUUUGCACUGUGGAGUUGCCAAAAGGAAGUUGAACAUUACACAGGGUUUAGAAGGUUGAAACAAGUGCAGUUUAUCAAAUAUCCAUUGAUUGAGCAGUCAGUCUGGUAAAAGUGUUGCUUGCUUAUCAACUUGACAUCAGUGCAGCACCGGAGUGUCACUCCUGCGAGACGCUCUGUUUCAUACUUUGCCUGCAAUCUGUGAAAAACUACGCAAGUAUUAGUUUGGUCGUUAAGAAUUACUGCUCCACACAUUCUGUGGUCACAUGGCAUUCAUAUCUGACCGAUACAAGGCGACAAAGAGUUUCGUUUAGUUCAUGCUGGCGAGCUUUUUGUUUUAAUGGGUUGACAUUAACGAAAUUUCAAUUGUGUCACCUUUCAGCCACUUUCCCUCGAGCAAGCAAAAUUGGUCUGUGAGCAAACAUUCAGCAAUGGUGUAGAGCAGGUGCAAGCAAGAGCGGCGCCUCAGUAUGGCAAGGUUCACACUGGUGUGCCGUUUCUGCACUCGAGUGCCCCAGUGGCCACAGAGCUGCGAUCAACUCUCGUAUUGUAGUUUGUGACAACCGCAUAACAUCUUUCAUGGAACAGCAUUACGGAAAUUACGGCAUUACAUUACGGCACAACAAUUUCACGGAAGCAGCAUUAGCCAGAGACUGAAGCUUACGGAAGUAUAAACAAAUUUGUCACCAGGACAGCUAUGACCAUUGCACAAGAAACUGCCAAAAAGUAAACCAUUGUAAAGUAAUGAGACAGCCCUCCUGUGUAAUGGCGUCUUUUACCUGUUGCUGCUCGACUUGCUCCAUUAACGUUAAAUCAGCCGCGUAAUGUUUAAAAGUUAUUGCUUUAAAUGUGUAAUGGGCUAUUUCCUGAGCCCCGAAUUUCAUGUUUCUGCAUGCAAAGUAUGAAACAGAGUAUGGCACAUAUUAAAUGGCAAACUAUGCUUCCAGAAGCCAUGCUGCAUCACCUGUCUGGCAGUUGUGUUGUUGCACGCAUGGCUCUUUAAAUGUCCUAAUUUUGUAUGUACUGGCUGAACCAUUUCUGGUUUCCGUAGCUGUGCACUCUGUUCAGCGUGCAGGUUAGUUUGCCAGGGGUGGCUCGCGACAGUAUUUGCAGUCGAUGCAGAAAUUGCCUGGUACUUCUACUGAAGAUGAAAUGGUUGUAAAGACCGGAUAGAAUUUGCUUGUUACUUUGCAGUGGAAUACCUUCUUGAGGAACUGUUUUGCCUGUUCACAUUCUCGCAGUGAGGAACACACUUGGACUGUCAAAGAAUAUGUGCACGCCUUUCGCAAGAAACUCGUGUAGUCCACUGCUGUCGCAUUGUGCUGCUGGAAACAAGGUUGUGCUUUCUAUCCCCGGCCACAAUUUCAAGGGUGGCACGGAAUCCAGAAAUGCUCGAGUACUUAAAUUUAGGCACAUGCUAAAGAACACAUGGUCAAAAUUAGUGCAGGGCCCGCCAUACGUAGCCCUGAGGGCGUUGUUAAGCGCCCCCAAUUUUACUUGUAUUUUUGAAGAAACACAAUGGGUUAUUGCCUUGUUUUAGGCUAGACUGUGCCAGGCACCGACUGGUUGCACUGGAGUAAGCCACUGGGAGCAACUGCACCCAGAGCUCUUAAUGUCCCAACCUCACCCCCUUCCACAAAUUUUGGCGUUGUGAGACAGCUACGUUUUUGAUUGUAGAAGCAACACACGCGCGCUUCGUGCAUUAUCCCCAUACAGCUAAUUUCAGCACAGUGAGCCAGUGUUUUGGGAACAUAGUUCCGAAUAUGACAGUGCCAAGCUUUUCCCAAAAGAGUUGCACAACUGAGAGGCCCAAAAGCAUGUACUAGUACUGUCCGAGCUCGGAAUAUGAAUGGUGAAGCCAGCUUACAAGCAAGUUAGAGGAAACUGUUAUUUUCAUAGUGGCUAGGCAAGCGCUGUAGGCCGCCAGCUGUGAAAGUUGAACCUCGAUUGUUAUGGGGAAGCCUCUGCAUUAGGCAAGCCACUGAUGCAACAACACACAAAUGCCGAUAGCAGAUGCCGCAUGCAUUGUUAAGGUAUGCCACGCCUGCUGCUGUUCUUGACAGGGCCGAAUUUCAAAGGAGCAGGGUUUGGCAACAUCCUCAUGCAAAUUUCGACAACUACCAUUGCACAGGAUAGGACAUUAUUGCCCUUGCACACACUCUGCGCCUGGAUAACAUUUUUCUUUUCUUUUUUUGCAGUGUGCAUUGCCGCUUUCGGUAAUCUUACAAUGCCAAAGAAAAACUGAUGCAUUUUUUUAUCGCUCCUUUUUUUUUUCUUCUUCUUUCCAGUUCGUGUAUUUGUGUCGCUUAUAUGGCUUUCGGGAAAGCAGCUGAAGUGCGCUGCUAGGUUUGGUUCCGAGUACUUAACUGUGCUUCCUGCUUGUCGUUUUUGGGGGGUGCAGUGCUUUCUCGUUGUACAAUUAAGAGAGUGCAGCUGUGGGCAACGUUUCGCAACAGUACGUGAACUAUUUUUGUUUCGGUCACCUUUAUAGCUUUUUUUAUUUCCAGAGUCGGCGUUUUGCCUGCGCCUUUCUAUCCUACCAAAUCGACAAAUUAUUAUUAUCGCAGUUUGGCAUAAAACUUCUUUUCAGCCUUUGGCGACGAAAAAAAAAAAAAGAAAAAACAGACAGCCUCCUUAAAACUGCAAGAACGGGCAAGAACCAAAGCAGCACCGCUUCACUCUCUUAAUGACGAAGUUGAAUUCAGUUGUGUUCCCUCCGAUGUACUUCCUGUUAUUUAAGGCAGCCCUACCCCGCCUCACCCUUAAAUCACCAUUUUCUUUUUUCUUGGCAACUUGAUAUGUGCGCACAUUUGUGUCAAUGCGUCGUUAUGCAUCUGUUUUCCGUUUUGUAAUUAUUAGGGCACGUGCAGCAUCUCAGCCGCAACACAUCCGAGGAAAAAAAAAAGACAACUUUUGUUACUGGAUGCAUUUGUUUUAAGUAGAGCUCCGUGUUCCGUAUUUUGAGAUUGUGUAAUUUAACAAAGCUACAUCGAAUCAUGCGCGUACAUCACCAAGUAACUUGUACUGUUGUCCUCCAUAUAUACAUUUUUUUUCCCCUCCCCGUCACAUUCGUUUCUAUGUCUCGAACUCUAAAAAGUUGUCGCUCUACUUUUGUUUUUUUUUUUGCCUUUGUUAUCACUUUAUUGUACACAGUAUUCUUGCUUUUGCCUGCUUUUAUUAUUAUUAUUGUUUUGUUUUAAACAAUCCUGUCCAAAUGUGAGUUUUGAGUUGCGUGUGGCCAUGGAUGUUAUACCAAGUUGUCCAUAUGCGUACCCAAGGCUUCUGUUGCGUUCUAUCCUAAGUGUGCUUUUUAUGUUGGCUGUGUACCCACUGUUUGUUUUAUUACACCUGAUUUUUUCAGGCUGACCAUUUGCACAUACACUUGAGUUGUCCUCUGCUGACACUUGGUCCAGUCAUCCAGAGUAAAGAAAAAAAGUGCCAUUUUUCGUAAAAAA